UUAUCGUCAGACUGAUUAAUACACAUGAUCAAACAAAACUAACUUCAAUUGAUAAAUAAGUAAGAUUACCUACUUAUGCAUAGAUUAAGUUAUUCUUAUCAUUGACUAGCUUUAAAUUAUGGAUACCAUCCGUCCACAUAGAAAUGUUGUUAUAAAUAAUGUACCUACUUAUUCGUCAGAUCUACAUACAUUCCUUACAUACAUAAGUACUUAAAUUGUGAGCUUAUUAAAAAAUAGCUUCUUCAUUACUUAAAUUCAUUAGCGAGUAGCCGAGUCGUUCACAAAAAGAUUUACUGAUUAGAUUAGUGUUUGAUUAGGACUCAAUUAAAUAGUUGAGAACAUAACAUUUUACUAGUUUUGAUAGAAUAUUACACACUGAUAAGUAGGAAUUUAUGUACAUAUAUGUAUUUAUGAAGUAUGAUAAAAGUAUCUGAAUUUUUGUAGUAAAAAUUAAUUAAAUUGUGCAUCAAUUAAAAUGACAUGUCAAACAUGAUGUCCAGUAAUUAUUUAGCCAACAUAAUCUGCACAUUCCUGUUCCCACGGGAGUGAAAAUGGAUAAUCGACUUAUCUGUCAGAUAACAAUAAACUCAUCGUGUCCAAUAACUUGCCCUUUAAAUGACACAGUCUCAUUACAGACAUUCGUACAUGAAAUAAUUGUUUUAACAAGUUCUCAUUAAAUUAUAAUAUAUAGUAGACGGAAAUAAAUAUGACUUUAAAGUAUCGAACUGUGUUAUUUUUUAUGCUAAUUUUGCAUUGCUCCUGUGUCCUGGGAAGACGACAGGGAGAUCCGGAUGAGUGGGCUUGUGGAAACGAGUGCAGUUUGUCCAUAGCGGAAACAAUUCCUGAUGGAAUGACCCCUUCCACUUUUUCAACUACUUUUCAGUCUUGGUCUGAUCUUAUCACUCUUGCGACGGAGACAAUUGAGAUUGCGUCGUAUUAUUGGACACUUCGUGAUUAUGACACGCCUAACCAUCCUCACCCUACUUCGAACCAGGGCGACGAAAUCCUUGAUGGGCUGCUUGCUGCCGCAAGAAAUGGAAUUCAAAUCAGGAUUGUCAAACAUAUUGAUACCGAUUCCUUCCCCAAUGUAGACAUUGGGGAAUUACAAGCGGUUGGCGCAGAUGUUCGCGACGUAAACUUUACGCGUCUACUCAAUGCAGGAAUUUUACACACGAAAAUGUGGGUGGUUGACAGGAAACACGUGUACUUGGGGUCGUCCAACUUGGACUGGAGAGCACUCACCCAAGUCAAAGAACUUGGACUGGUGGCUAAGAAUUGUCCUUGCAUAGCACGAGAUAUGGCAAAGACGUUUGAUGUAUACUGGGAGUUGGGCACUGAAGUUGCUCAAAUUCCAGAAGAAUGGCCAGUUGAGUAUGAGUCCCCCUUCAACGAAGAUGUCCCCGUGUCAGUCACCUCGGACGGCAUUUCAUACUCGGCAUUUGUCUCAAGCGCACCCCCAGAACUAUGUCCAAAUGGGCGAACUACUGAUUUGGACGCAAUAUUUCAUGUGAUGGACGAUGCUAAAAAAUUUAUUCAUAUUGCUGUUAUGGAUUACUUUCCACUCAUAAUGUUUGAUCCCCCACUACGAUAUUGGGGAGAUUUGGACAAUACACUUAGAAAUGCUGCUUUACGUGGGGUAUCAGUCAAAUUAUUGAUGGCAAAAUGGAGCAAUACACGCUCUUCGGCACAUGCAUUUCUUUCGUCGUUGCGAAGUAUGACAGAAGCUUAUGACAACGUGGAUAUUCAAGUGAAAAUGUAUGUGGUUCCUGCGGAUGAGGACCAAGCACUGAUCCCAUUUUCUCGAGUAAACCAUAACAAGUACGUUGUCACAGAUGUUUCUACUCACAUCGGGACGUCAAAUUGGUCGGGCGACUAUUUUAUUGCGUCUGGGGGGGUUGGUUUUGUAGCGAAACCUGCAAACAGGACGGGGGGAGAAGGGGCCGAUUUGAGAAUGCAGGUCGCCUCCGUCUUUGAGCGAGACUGGAACUCGGAAUAUUCGCUCACGUUAGAAGAAGUCUUUCCUGAUGAAUAUCCAACCCCAUUAAAAUGCACGGCAUCUUCAAAUGCCAUUAGUUCCGCCAUUUCAUUUAUGUUUCUCGUACAUGCUAUGUAUUAAGUCAGAUUUUAAUUCCAACAUACAGCUUGGGCGAAUGUUCAUAGAUAAUUAUCCAAUUGUUUUGAAUGAUAAAAACGGUUUAAAUUACCCUAUUGUCUUCGCCGUAUUUAAAUUAAACUUUUUAUUGCAUCUCGAAUGAA